AUGCACACCACUUUUGCCUAUCUGGUCAAGCUCCCCCACCUGUCCACCCAAGAGUUUAUCAAUUACUAUGAGACGAAGCACAUCCCGAUGAUCAACCGUCUCGCCGGCCCAGAGAACCAGCCCCUGGUGUACAAGAGGCGGUACACCCACCGCGACGACCCGGCGUUUGUCUUUGUGCGAGCAACCGUCGACGCCAGAGGUACGCCGGUGGCCACUCCGACGUCCUCCGGUGAUGGCGCCGCGGCGGCCAAGCUGGAAUUGGACCCGGGUAACGUCGACUUUGAUGUCAUGACCGAGAUUGGAUUCGCCGACGAGGCGGCAAAGAUGCGCUGGUUGAUGGCGCUGGGGCAGGGUGAGAAUGGGAAGCUGGUCAAGGAGGAUGAGGAGAGGUUCUUGUGGAGAGAGCGCACGCGAGCGGUCGUCGUUGAGGAGUUUGUGAGCUUCGGCUAG